AUGCAUGAGAUGGAUACCAAAGUUGAGGCUACUUGCCCCAACAACUCCUACGUCGCCAACCCUGACAUGAUCAAAGAAGAAGGUUUCGACAAGGCCAUCAAGUCAGAACCGGAACUUGAAGAAAACGACCUCCAUGACUAUCCCCUGGCAAUCAAAGACGAAUCUGUUGAGCACUCGGAUGGGAUUGAGUCAGAAGUCGAGGUUAUCAUUCCCUACACGAUCAACGACGAAUGUGACAGUGUCGCUUUGAAAUCGGAAUCGGAGCUUGAAGGAAACGAUCUCGAUGAUGAUCCCACAACAAUCAAAAGCGAAUCUUUCGAGUAUUCGGAUGAGGCUGGAUCAAAAAUUGAGGCGAUCAGCUCCUACGGAGAGGAAGAUGAGGGCGACGUCGGUUUGGAAUUGACCAAGGAGGAAUUUUGCGAAGACCAGUAUGAGGCUUCGGUGAAGUCAGGGGAUAUCGAAUCCCCCAAUGAAGGUGAUUCCGACCUCGCUAACUCUAUUGCGCUUAAGGAAGAAGCUGUCCAAAACGACAAUGAACCGUCCGAUGUUAUCAAUCUAUCUGAGGGAUGGCCUGAAGAUCGGGAAUGCGACCAAGCCGACGACGGCAGCGACGGCGACGACAGCGACGACUUUGGAGCCGCUGUCGUAUUGGUCCCGCGUCGCCCCUCUGGGCCUCCCAGCUCUGGAGGUGCCCAGCAGCAAAUGUAUGCACCAGAGCCAGAAAGCCCAACACGAACUUCAACUAAUCGUCGCCGCAAACAUGGUGCGGCAGAUCUUGGCCCUACAAACGAUCAACAACGCUCCAAGAGGGCUCGUUUGGAAGAUGAUAUGAUAGACGAAGAGCCUAUCUUUCUCCAUGCUACGGCUCUUGAGAAUAGCUAG